UUGAAACAGGCUGAUUGUGGACUUUUUCGCUCUUGUCUGAUCUGUGAAGUAUUAUUAUUUUAUUGCACCUCUCAUCUAAAACCAGGUUGCUUAGGGUCGAAACGAUUUCAAGGUACUUUAUUUAGAUGAUUGAAAGGAUUUUUCCGGGAAUUCAGUCUGGAGAUUCCCGGAAUAUCUACUUCCGCUUACUAAUUAGGUUUCAGUUUGAGAGCGAGCCCUCAAAUAUUUUGAUGUGUUGUGCUGCGUGGAAGACAAUUUGGUAGGCUUUGAGGAUGGGAGACGAGAAGUGCCCUCUCGAAAAAGAUGAUGUUGUCGUUAACAAGGACAAUGAAUCGAGAGGGAUAUAUGUGACUGGCUUCCCUUCAAGUACAAAAGCGAAUGAUCUGGUGAUACAUUUCCAGAGACGUAAACAUGGUGGCGGAGAUAUCGAAUGUAUUCAAACCACAGAAAGUUUCGCAGUCAUCAUAUUCUACGAUCGUUCAGUUGCUGAAUCUGUGGUAAAAAAGAAGCAGUUUCUCAGUCCUAAUGUACCGCUAAAGGUUGAAUCGUUGUCCGAGAAGGUGAAGAUUGAAACAGCAAAACCUUUAGAGAUCUUUCAGCGGGUAUCGGCUUGGAUAAAUGAUGAAUUAUUAGGAAACCACACCCGUAAAGAAAUAUUAUUUGUUCUCAACAAAGUUAAAGACGAGGCCGACAUUGAGUUCCACGAUGCAAGUGAGGGUUUCGUACUUUCAGGGACGUUCCAACAGGUGAAACAAAGUAGAGUUUUGUUGAGCCAGUUCUUGGAAAAUUGUCAGAGUUUAGAUUUUGGAUCGCUACUUCCCAAUGGGUCACACAAGAAUAAGAGGAUUGCUAAAAGUUCAGAUCCCACAUCUCAAGAGGCUGGUGAAACAGGAGAAACUCGCCCUGGAGAGGGCUCAGGAAACAGUGUUAACUUUGAAGGCCAAGAAUGCGCGGAUAUGCAACCUCAACAGUACGACACGACGCCGAAGUUCUUCUGUUUGUUUGUCAAAGCACAUGACAAAGAAUUACAGAAAAUCGAAAAUGAUUAUGAAGUAAAAAUACACCGGGAUGUCGUCAACGACAAAGUUACCGUUGAACCAACUAAACUCUGCACCACUGAAAAAUUCUUUGAGGGCUGUGAAGCUUUCAUCACCCUUUAUCAAAAUGUACAUAAGUGCAUGAAGCUUGUUAAAUUCAUUCCCAGAGACCAAAAGUCACCUGUACACAUUAGGCAACGUAUCCGAGACGUGGGUAAGGCACAACCCUUACUAAUUGAGGUCUGUGAGGACCGAAAGCACUUGAAAGUCUACGGUGAAGAAAGGUUUGUCGAGAAAUAUCUAGGCGAUCUUCAAGAAGAGGGUCUGAUUGGUCGGACAGCACAGGAAGCAGGGGCUUGGUGCAGAGAUGGAACAGAUGAGGAUGACGAGAGUUAUGAAAUUGAUGAUCAGUUGGAACACAUGAUUGGUUCAGUAAAGCUUUCUGUUAUUAAGAGUGACAUCACAGAUCAAAACGUUGAUGCAAUAGUGAAUGCAGCCAACAGCAGACUCAGCCAUGGUGCCGGAGUAGCAGGCGCAAUCAUCGACAAAGGGGGCUAUGGUAUACAGAAAGAGUCUGAUAACUACAUCUCUCGCUAUGGACCCUUGAACGAUGGUGAAAUAGCCGUGACUGGGCCUGGCAAACUACCAUGUAAAAAAAUCAUCCAUGCUGUAGGUCCUAUGUGGAAAAGAUCGGAGCAAGAGAAAUGUAAGAGAGCUCUAAAAAUGGCUUGUUUGGGAAGUCUCGCGGCAGCCGCAGGCAACAAGAAGUGCAAGUCCAUCGCCUUUCCAGCGAUUAGCUCAGGACUCUUCGGCAUGCCGAAAGAGAUCAGCGCAAAAAUCAUGUUUGAAGCCGUGAAAGAAUAUAUCACACGAGGAGAUCCAUCAAAGUUGACUUUGACCGAUAUUAGAUUUGUGAUCAUCGAUGAUCCGACGGUGAAAGUAUUCAGGAAAGAAUUCAUUAAGAUCUUCCAAAUCCAAAAAGAUCAGUCUCAGGCGGCUGACCCAACGGCAUUCAAAACUCCAAGAUCAAAAAGGGGGAACAAGAAAGGAAAAGAUAGGACGAAUGAUGUGAAUGAUCCUUUGACAUCACAUGUCGAUUCGUCUUUGAAGUCUUUUAGUGAUGCAGUGACAGGAAACAGACAUGGGAAUGUUCCUGACGGAAAAGGACCUCGGCCAGAAUCGUCUGAAGAUUCUGUUCCAGGAGGUGGAAGUAAAGAUGACAAAUGCGCGAUUUGUCUGGAUGCGGUAAAAAAUGCUAAAAAAUUAAAAUGUGGACACGCCUUCUGUACUCAAUGUGUGGAGACUGCUUUGUCUUAUGACAACCGCUGUCCAGUGUGUAAAGAACCGCAAGGUGUCGUCAAAGGAAAUCAACCUGACGGACAAAUGCACGUGCACCAUAGUCACCACAGUCUUCCAGGCUAUCACGGUUGUGGAACAAUCACCAUUACCUACAACUUUCCCUCUGGGAUUCAAGGCCGGGAGCAUCCUAAUCCUGGUGAAAGGUACAGUAGUACCAAUCGUACUGCAUAUCUUCCCGAUAACCGAGAAGGGAAAGAGGUGUUGGCUCUUCUAAGGAGAGCCUUUGACGCCCGAUUGGUGUUCACGGUGGGUACAUCAGUAUCAUCUGGGUGUCGAAACCAGAUCACGUGGAACGAUAUUCACCACAAGACUAGUAAAUCUGGAGGGCCUCAGGCGUAUGGUUAUCCGGACCUAGAUUAUCUCCGACGGGUUAAAGAAGACUUGGCCGCCAAGGGAAUUCGCUGAUCCUGAGUAAGCGACGGCUCUCAAAUGUUGAAGAAACGUUUGGGCACAAUAUAAAGACUGUAAUGUCAUCACCUGGGAGGAUAGGACUCCUCUCAUUUGACUAAUAUAUCUGUAUACUUUUAGUAGUUAGGUUGUACAAAAAUCGACCCAAAAACAAUAACAACAACAACAACAACAGCAAUAGCAAAACUUAGCAUCAAAACAAUAACAUGGCACAAAUAGUUAGUGUAACUGCAACGAGUUGUGAAUUGAAAGGCGGAGUAUCAUAUUGACUGAAAAGGUGGCUGCUUUGAUAGUUAGGUUAAGGAUCACUAGAAACAAAUUAUGCUCUUUACGGCUGUUUAGAACACUGUUAAAUGAUAUGUAACAUAAAGUUUUCGGCUUUUUUAUUUUGCGGUUGAUUUUUCCCUUAGGUCGUUGAGAGAGGAUAACUCUGCUUAGAUUAAAGCAGUGAGCUUAA